ACCGAUGGAGGAUGGGCAUUCCCAUGUGUAUGAGCUUUUACUGAAGAUAAAUAUUCUGAAAGAUAUACUGUAUUUGGUGGGGUGGAUGAUAAAGGGAAUAGUGCAUUGCAUCUUGCUGCUAUGUUUACUGGUUAUCGUCUUCGCUCUCUCCUUAUGCUGCAUAUGGGAAAUCAAGUGGUAUAAGUACCAGACUAUAAAACAUAUUUUCUCACAUGAACACGAAGAUCUGGUGCAAAAGGGUGGACAAUGGCUGGCUAGGAAAGCCAAUUCACGCCUGGUGGUGGCUACUCUCAUUGCAACUGUUGCCUUCACCACAUCAGCAGCUGUACCAGGAGGCACCAAGAAAACAGCACUUCAUAUCUUUGCAAUUGCUCUUUGAUUUUCAGUCACCACAUCUAGGUGUCAAGAACAAGACUUUGGUUCUGAUUUGCCCAGCAAGCUUUUGGUUGGACUAACUUCUCUUUUCACAUCCAUAUCGGAGACCUUGUUCAUUUUCUGUGCUGGCCACUUCUUUGUUCUCAGAAAGAACUCAGAAUUGCCGCAUUGCCAGUAUGUGCAGUAACAUGUCUUCCAGCAACAUUCUUUGCAAUAGCCUAGCUCCAUUGUGGAGGUGGAGGAAGUUGGCCACUCAUAGACGUUUCCUUUAUUCCUCCCUCAGACCAAGAAUGCCGGC